GCGCUACCUCCGGCAUUUUCACAAAACAUGGGUCAAGGCGGACGAGGAGGUAAAACCAAACCUAAGCGAGGCGGCGGUAAACGCUUCACGCCUGCUCGUGUCUUGAGAGAUGAAGGGGAUGUCUGGAACCAAAACCCCGAAAACGAGGGUUCUGAAGCGUCGUCCCAAGAAGAAUCGUCCAGCGAGGAUGAAAUCCAACAGCAACCAAAGCAGCAGCAGAAACCCAUCCCCGCUGUACCUGCUAAUUCUAAACUUGGUAAUACCGAUGCACCACAUGGUGAAGGAGACUCUGACGAUCAGGAUGAUAUAACCAACCCCAACCGUAACGUCAAAAGUCAUUUGAAAGCAAGCGAUCUUGGCGGAGAGAGAGAGUUGAGCAGAAGGGAACGGGAGGCCAUUGCAAAGGAGCGUGCCAAGGCUGCAUUCUGGAAGGCUCAGAUGGAAGGAAAGACAGAGCAAGCCCGAGCGGAUUUGGCCAGACUUGCUAUCAUCAAGAAGCAGAGAGAGGAAGCUGCAAAGAAGAGGGCCGAGGAGCUAGCUGCAAAAGGCAAAGGCUCCAGCUCAAAAGUCGAAUCUCUGAAUGCUGGAAAGGGCAUCAUUUCAAAGUCACUUGGCAAGAAGAAUUAAUGAUCCUCUCUCUGUGCGGCGAUGCCACCUUGCACUGUUGAAAUUUGUUCGGCUGUGCGAAUGUAUAUACAUUCUUUGGACUAUCUUCGUUGUUGAGAGUUAGUUCGGGUUGACUGUGUUGAUUAAAUGACGGAAGAACCCUUGGAUGACGUUGUGUAUUAGCUACUGAGAAUAGACGUUAGGCCCGUAUGCCAUUUUUGCUUCGCGGCAGAUUGUUAGAGGGCAUGCUAAGAGUGCGUGAACAGUCUGUAUUAUGCACGUCAUACACUCAUUCUCUGCUGUCUAAAA